ACCCAUGAAGUUCACGUUUUGGUCUAUAGUAAAUACUACUGGCCUCGGGGACCGGGGUGGCGUUAUCAUGUUUUCGUCCACCAUUUCUUGGCUAAACGUUUCGAUCUUGGUUCUUUGCAGGGAUGGCCAAUUCAAAUGACACUUUCAACGAUGAUGCUUACCCCAAUUCAUGGACUCCUUCACUUAACACCACCUGGACUCGGGGAGUUGAUAAGACUUACGGGUUAAUGUCAUCCAGAUGCUACGGUAUCAAUAUCGGCGGACUUCUUGUCCUGGACCCCUUCAUUAUACCCGCCUUUUACCGGAAGUAUUCGACGCAGUUGAGGAGUGGAACCCGAGCACGCACAUGACAUAUGGCAGCUGGAUCGAGCAGCUAGAAGUGCCUUUAUUGGAAUUGCUGGAGCUCCGAGCUGGAGGUCUAUUUACCUGUUCCUUUCUUGGAAGUUUCUCGAAGUCUGUUAGCCGCACGGAUGUCCAGGAUCAGAGUGAACCUCGACCUCCAUAUCACCCCUGGAUCUCAGAACGAUACGUGACAGGGCCUGAUCUCUUCUGGCAGCCUUCGGAACUGCUUGAUAGCAUUUGUGUCCUAAUCGCCAUCUUGUCGGUUCUCCUUGAGCAUGACAUGAUCCGCAAUAUCGCCGGUUACGGAGAAGGGCGGAUGGCAACCCGAAUUCCUUACAAGGUUCUGACCGAAUUAUUCUCAAGACCCGGACCCUUACUUCUCAUUCGAUGGUCGUACUGGGUCGAGGCUGCAGGUGUGUGCAACAAGGGACGUUAUGAACACCAGGUAAGCUUACCUGGUCAGAUUGCAUUUGGUGUGACCAUCGCAAGCGAAUCGAGUGGUGGUUGUGAUGAUUGUGAUUCCUCACAAAUGUUGAGAACACUGCAAGCUAUGGAGAGUCGUGAUCUCUUCUUAGACUCUUUGCAGUGGAACAACGCGGUAAAAGGUUUCAUGGAUUCAAGCUGGCUACUAGGAUCUCAGUUGGGUCUCCAAUACAAAUGGAUACCUACUGAUUCCUGCACUGCUGGCGUGACGUUUGGAGUGGCUGGCCCACAGUUCGAUGGGGUUGAUGAAGCCUACCAGACUGGGGGUCCUGGGCUGUCGCGUCUUCGAUCCCCAUCUUACGACCGAUUUCCACCUAGCUCCAACAUGUAUUAAAGGUCGUAAUAAAGUCUCUGGGCUAGCUCCUGCCAAAAAUACGUACAGUCAC